CCACCUGGGAUACAAAGGCAUUAUGAAAAACCUCUAUUUCAGAGUCAUUACCAUAGUUAUAGGUCUUAAUUUUACUGGAAUAAUGACAAAUGCAUCAAGAAAAUGCAAUAUUUUAUUCAAUUCUGAAUGCCAAUGGAAUGAAUAUGUUCUGACAAAUUGUUCUUUUACCGGAAAGCAUGAUAUACCUGUGGACACAUCACAGACAGCAGCCACUAUGGAUGUAAGUUUCGGUUUCUUUAGAGUUUUCUUAGAGUGUCACACAAGAAAAGAAGAAUGGAAAAUAAAACAUCUGGACCUCAGUAACAAUCUCAUAUCAAAAAUAACCUUAAGCCCUUUUGCAUAUUUACAUGCUUUGGAAGUGUUAAACCUCAGCAACAACGCCAUCCACUCCCUCUCAUUGGAUCUACUCAAUCCUAAGUCCUCCUGGGUGAAACGCCACAGAAGCAGUUUCAGAAAGAGGUUUCCAUUGCUGAAGGUGCUCCUUCUUCAAAGAAAUAAACUCAGUGACACUCCCAAGGGACUGUGGAAAUUGAAGUCAUUGCAGAGUUUGGAUCUGUCAUUUAAUGGGAUAUUGCAAAUUGGGUGGUCUGAUUUUCAGAAUUGCCUGCAACUGGAGAAUCUCUAUUUAAAGAGCAACAAGAUAUUCAAAAUUCACCCACAAGCCUUCAAGGACCUCAAAAAAUUACAGUUCAUAGACCUCAGCAACAAUGCCCUGACCACUAUCCUACCAAUGAUGAUCAUGGCUCCAGAACUUCCCCAUCUGGUGGUUGACUUGGCUGAUAAUCACUGGCGGUGUGACGAUAGCGUGGCAGUCUUUCAAAAUUUUAUUUCUGAAUCCUGGAGGAAAAAGUGGAAUGCCAUUUGCAACAGGUCUAUAGGGAGUGAGGAGGCCAAUGGGGCAACCCCCGAGAGCAGAAUUUCCAGGGAAACCCACCUUCCUUCCAUUCAUCUGCAUAGUGUGAAAAGCCUCAUAAGGAGCAAAGCAGAGAGGCCCCGGGGAGAAAGGCACACAGGCGUCUCCACUCUGGGAAAGAAGGCAAGGGCCAGCUCUGGCCUCAGGGAGAAGCAGAGACGGCUGCCAAGAAGUGUUAGUAGCACCCGGGAUGUGCAGGCUGCCGGCAGAAAGGAGGAUGCUCCCCAGGACCUGGCUCUGGCGGUGUGCCUGUCCGUGUUCAUCACAUUCCUUGUCGCCUUCUGUCUGGGGGCUUUCACGAGGCCUUAUAUUGACAGACUGUGGCAACGAAAGUGCCGGAACAAAAAUUCUGGCCAGGACAACGGGUAUUCAAACGAGGGCUUCUACAACGACAUCGAAGCGGCGGGACGCACACCACACCCAGAGACCCAACUGCGCCAAGCACUUUCUGAUCUAAGCCUCUUUGAGAACCAGACCCCUUUCUGGGCGACACAGCCACAGCCACAGCCACAGCCACAGACACAUGCCACCGUAAUUCCUGAUAGAACCGCAGGAAGAAGCAGCGAGGAUCCUGGCAGUCCGCAGAGCUCAGGACAGUACAGGGACAACACCAGGGCGGGAAGUGGAAAUCACGGUCCAGCCUAUUCCAAUCUCCGGGGACAUCCACAGGCCAGAAACCGUGAACUAAUGUCAGCAGCACAGGACCACAUCCUUAGAAGUGAUGUUCUUGGAGAAUGCACUUAUGAAACUGUGGCCCAGGGAGAGCCUCUCAGUGCACACUCAGUGGGCGUGUCUUCUCUAGUGGGCAUGUCACAUGCUGUGUCCAGCUCAAACAGGCAUGAUUUCAGUGAUUUAGAGCCGUCCCUCUCCGGAGAAAUGAUGGCUUCCUUCUGUAAAACGCUACGGCAUGCAGAAGCACAGAGGAUUGGAGAGAGUAAGGAAAGAGGGCGCACUGAACAGUCACUCUGGGACUCACAGAUGGAAUCUUCUAAGGAAAAGCCAGUGAGACCGUCCACUGAUUUGCUGAGCAUACAGCAGCCAAGGCUGUUGCGGGCAAGUGCUGAGGAAGAGCUUUCGGCGCACUACAGCGAGGUCCCACGCAGUGACCCAGGAGACACAGGCCCACCAGUCUUUCCUCUAAGAUGGGACGGUGGCCCGGAUGUCACUCCUGCUAACGAGGAGCCAGUGCAGAAAUCCACUCCUUCUGACACUUGGUGUGUGGUGGAGAGCGACUGUGACUCUGAUGAAGGCUCUCUGUUCACUCUGAGCUCCGUAAGUUCAGAGGGUGCAAGGAGCGAGACUGAAGAGGCAUCGCCUGACAAGGAGCCCUCACAGGACGAGGAACCCCUGCAGGACAAGGAGCCCCUGCAGGACGAGGAGCCCUUGCAAGACGAGGAGCCCUUGCAGGACGAGGAGCCCCUGCAGGACGAGGAGCUCUUGCAGGACGAGGAGCCCCUGCAGGACGAGGAGACCCUGCAGGACGAGGAGCCCUUGCAAGACGAGGAGCCCUUGCAGGACGAGGAGCCCGUGCAGGACGAGGAGCUCUUGCAGGACGAGGAGCCCCUGCGGGACGAGGAGACCCUGCAGAAUGAGGAGCCCCUGCAGGACGAGGAGCCCUUGCAGGACGAGGAGCCCCUGCAGGACGAGGAGCCCCUGCAGGACGAGGAGCUCUUGCAGGACGAGGAGACCCUGCAGGAUGAGGAGCCCCUGCAGGACGAGGAGCCCUUGCAGGACGAGGAGCCCCUGCAGGACGAGGAGCUCUUUCAGGACAAGGAGCCCCUGCAGGAUGAGGAGCUCUUGCAGGACGAGGAGCCCAUGCAGGACGAGGAGCUCUUGCAGGACGAGGAGCCCCUGCAGGACGAGGAGCUCUUGCAGGACGAGGAUCCCCUGCAGGACGAGGAGCUCUUGCAGGACGAGGAGCCCCUGCAGGAUGAGGAGCCCUUGCAGGACGAGGAGGCCUUGCAGGACGAGGAGCUCAUGCAGGAUGAGGAGCCCCUGCACAACGAGGACCCUCUGUACAAUGAGAGCUCAGGGGCUAGCAAGGACAACCUGAUGGCAGUAGACAGUCUUAAGGACAAUGUCACCUUCCAAACAAUUCCAGGGAAAUUCGAGAAUCAGGACUAUCCAUUUGAAAAACGUCUCCUUUCCCCUCCAGACUCUGGCUUGUACAAGACUCACCUCGAAAAUGCCUCUGACACUGAUAGAUCUGAGGGCCCAUCACCCUGGCCCAGAUCACCGGGGAAUAGUCCCUUAGGGGAUGAGAUUCCGGUCAUGUCCACCUAUGAUUAUGACACAGCUCUUCAAUCCAAGGCAGCAGAAUGGCAUUGCUCACUUAGAGACUUAGAAUGUUCAAAUAUGGACGUUUCAUCACAAACACCACCACAUUCUGCUGAAGUUCCCUCAGAUUCUAAUAAGGCUGCCUGCCAUGAAAAAGACUCAGACAUUUGUAAAUAAGAAUCUUUCAUUCAGGACAUAGACAUGCUCUAAACUACAUUUCUUUAAAGAUCACUGCAGGGGAAAACUAAGACCUUCACAACAAGAUCUUGAAGGAGACAACAUGAAUUCCAAUCAAGUAGACACUGAUGCAAAUGGGGGGGGGUUGUGUGUGCACUUGAGGACGAUGAUUCUAGAAGGGUUAGAAGCCAGACACACUUGCUACCAUCCUGUGGGGAUGAACCUGCCCUUCAGUGUGAAAGAGAAAGCGGGGAAUGUUUUGAGAUCAUUCCAAGAACCAUGCACCAUUAUUACAAGAGCUUCCAGACAAAACCAGUUCACCAAGAACAUCAUCGAUCAGUUGGGGUAAAUAUUCAGAGGCGAAUCUGUUGCGGUUAGACAAAGAUGGUUUUCACUUUCCUUCUCAAAUACAAACCCGGAGCGAUCUGACGGGAGUUGGCUCUCUGUAAAGAACAGCUUUAGGAUGACAAAGACAAGGAUGUUCGACUUGAUCAUCAGAGGGAAUUCAAGUGACAUUUUUUCAUGCAUAUUGAAGCACUUCAGUGGAAAUGCUGGACAGAUUUUAAUGAAUUCUGAAUGCACGCUAGCACAACUUUUUGGAGGCUGAUUGUGAAACUGCAAAACUGGAAAAAUUCCGAGUAAUUAUAAAUGUUUUUAAAGAAGUUAUGUUAACAGAGAAGAGGGACCACUUUUUAAAACAAAGUGUAAAUUAAAAAUCAAUUUUCAAGAAAA